AUGUGUCAGCUCAUGGGUCUCGCUGUGUACAACAGCAUUGGUUUGGACAUCCACUUCCCUCCAUACUGCUACAAGAAGCUCUUGACUCCACACAUCGCAGUGCUAGCUGUGCCACUAGAGAUCCUGGUUCGAAUCCAGGCUCAGUCAUAGCCGGCCGUGACCGGGAGACCCAUGGGGCGGCGCACAAUUGGCCCAGCGUCGUCCAGGGUAGGGGAGGGAAUGGCCGGCAGGGAUGUAGCUCAGUUGGUAGAGCAUGGCGUUUGCAACGCCAGGGUUGUGGGUUCGAUUCCAGUAUAUAAAAUUAAAAAAAAUUAUGCACUCACUAACUGUAAGUCGCUCUGGAUAAGAGCGUCUGCUAAAUUGACUAAAAUGUAAAAAUGUAAUGUAACCAGAAAACUCCUGUUGGCAUGGCAACCGCCACCCUGGGCGACCUGCAUCAGGUUAUGCCGGUGCGUCUUCUAUGAUUGCUUUAUCUCAAGCACAGCAUUUAGAGUAAUAAACGUUCUGAGGAUAGGCAUCCUCAUCAGUAUAGGUAAAUUUGACUGCAGACCGGCGUGGGUUUUAGGGGGUUAAAGUGAGGAUCACAAUACCCCAGUUAACCAGCAGGGGGACCAACAGUUCAGCUUUUCUGUCUUUACUCCCAAACGUUUUCCUUUGGACUGGAUCCAACCUCUGAAACUCAUUUGAAUUAAUUUAAAUUAAUCAGUAUUUUAAACUUUUCCUCUACUUUUUAUUCAGUCUGUCCAAUGUGAAACAACUCUCAGGUCUUUUAUUCUAAAAUGUACACACCCAUUGCUGACAUGGUGUUUCUUGGUAUAAGUUUUGGCACAGUUUUAAUUGUUAAACUGUGCCAGAUGCUUGCCUCCUCUUUUUUUGGAGGGGGGCUUUGUUCACAGUUACAUAAGAGUGGGGGAUUGUUCUCUCCCCUGUCUGUCCUAAAAAAAACACACAUUAUGACACUGUAGCUUCGGUGAAGCAGGGUGGCGGGCCUGGCAUACUCUAAGUGCCACAGUAAUGCUGCCCUGGCUCCCUUUGGGGCAUGACAGGCAGGCACAGCCAUGCCACUGUAUGACCGAUCAGAGAUUGUGCCCUCACCUUAUGUAAUUACUUUGCAGUUGAGCUGAUUCAAGGAGAUGGUUAAAAAUUGUUUGCAGUACAGUCCCAUCUGCAAAUGCAAUUGUCAUAGUAAUUACAUGGUGAAUGGUUUGCUGAAUACACAUUUGUCCAGACACAGAUUAUUAGUUUUCAAACAGAAGCUUGCUAACAUAAUGUGCACAUUCAUGCAGGCACACAUAGUAAUACAUCACCUGUGUACAGUCCAUUGACAGUAAGUAAUAAAAGUGACAUACAUUAUUUUCCAUUUCAGGACCUAGCACAUGGGCUUGGAGAGCUGUUCAGCUAUGCGGGCAAUGUGGAGGAAGACUUCUAUCUGACCUUCCAGGUAUGGACCAUCUCCGCUCCUAUUUAUUACCUGUGCAAGGGCAACAGUGCACCAGGGGUCCAAUUCAGACCCGAGUUAAGCAUGUGUUAAUGGAACAUAAUUCCCUUUUUAUGCACUUUUCUCGCUAUGCAUAUUCUGACCUUAAACUUAAGCAUGAGAAUAGCAUGCUAUUCACCUGCUAUUCGGGGUGUAGAUCGAAUAAAUGAA